ACAGUAUUUGGUGGUAGUCUAUCAAGUAUGCAUGCUCGUAAGAUAUGUAAGAUAAUGGAUAAGGCAGUAUCAGUAGGUGCUCCCAUUAUUGGUCUCAAUGACUCUGGAGGGGCCAGGAUACAAGAAGGAGUGGACUCACUAGCUGGAUACGCUGAUAUAUUCCUGCGUAAUGUGAUGUCCUCAGGAGUAGUCCCACAGAUAUCAUUAAUAAUGGGACCUUGUGCAGGUGGUGCAGUAUAUUCUCCUGCUAUUACUGAUUUUACAUUCAUGGUUAAGGAUACCUCGUACAUGUUUGUUACUGGCCCCAAAGUAGUUGAAGAAGUGACUAACGAGGUUGUAUCAGAUCAAGAACUGGGUGGGGCUUUGACACACACUAAGAAAUCUGGUGUGGCCCAUGGAGCAUUUGAGAAUGACAUUGAUGCACUAUCACAGUUAAGAGAGUUGAUAGAUUACCUUCCAUUAAGUAAUAAAGAUCCAGUACCAGUUAGACAAACUAGCGAUAAAAUUGAUCGUGAUCUCACUGCUCUCAAUUACAUCAUUCCUCCUUCCUCUGACACUCCUUAUGAUAUGUCUGACAUCAUCAAAGCUGUUGUAGACGAGGAAGAGUUCUUCCAAAUAAUGCCCGACUACGCUAGGAAUAUAAUUGUGGGAUUUGCCAGGUUGAACGGACAGACAGUGGGUGUGGUUGCUAACCAGCCCAAUCAAAAAGCAGGUUGUUUGGAUAUUAAUGCAUCAGUGAAAGGUGCUCGUUUUGUUAGGUUCUGUGAUGCUUUUUGUAUUCCACUGAUAACCUUCGUUGAUGUACCGGGAUUCCUACCAGGUACUGAUCAGGAGUAUGGUGGUAUUAUUAGACAUGGAGCUAAACUAUUGUAUGCUUAUGCUGAAGCUACUGUACCUAAACUAACUGUAAUCACCAGAAAAGCUUAUGGUGGAGCUUAUGAUGUGAUGAGCUCCAAACAUUUAAGAGGUGACAUUAAUUAUGCCUGGCCUACUGCUGAGAUAGCAGUAAUGGGAGCAAAGGGAGCUGUUGCUAUUUUAUAUCGUGGAAAGACUCAAGAAGAAUUAUUAAAGUUACAAGCAGAGUAUGAAUCAACUUUAUGCACUCCUUUACAAGCAGCUGCUAGAGGAUUCAUUGAUGAUAUUAUAAUGCCUAGUACCACUAGAAGGCGUCUCAUUACUGACCUGGAGCUUCUUUCCACUAAAACCCAACACACUUUUAAUAAGAAACACGGGAACAUACCUUUGUAACUAAUAAUUAAUUAUUAUAAUUAUUAUUUGAAUUAUUGCACAAGAUCUUGUGAAUACUCAGCUCAAA